AUGCCUAAACAACGACGUGCUGCAUAUGACACUGCUUUCAAAUUGAAAGUUGUGGCUAUGUCUAUGGAGACGAAAAACAACAGAAAAACGGCCGAACAUUUCGGUAUCAACGAAAAGCAAGUACGUCAAUGGAUCCGAUCGAAGGAGCAACUGUACAUGGGUAAACGCAGUGCUAAGCGAUUAGACGGUGGAGGACGUAAAGUGAGAAGUACCACGCUGGACGACAACCUCAUGCAGUGGUUUGAUGGACAUCGGAAAAAUGGAAAUGCCAUCUCUGGUCGACAACUACAGAUGCAAGCAAGACGAAUCGCCACCGAAACCACAUUCAAGGCAUCUGACGGCUGGCUUCACUCGUUCAAGAAACGUCACACACUUUCAACUCGCGUGCGCACUUCCAUUGGUCAAAAAUUACCACCCGAUUACGAGGAAAAAAUCGCCCAGUUUCAUCGAUUCGUUAUCCAAUUGCGUCAACAGCAUAACUACCCACUCAGUGAUGUAUAUAACAUGGACGAGACACCGUUACGGUUCGAUAUGCCUGGAAACAGAACUCUCGAGCAUGAAGGAAUCAAGACCGUCCACAUCAAGACAACGAAUUCAGAAAAAAGAGGUUUCACCGCUGUGUUGACAGUUACCGCUGACGGCCAAAAGAUCCGCCCUUUGAUUAUUUUCAAAGGUAAACGGCGACUGGACGACCUCACACGCAGAGAGAUAACGGUAGAAGUUCAAGAAAAGGGAUACAUCAAUGAAUCUCUUUGUUUACCGUGGAUUAGAAAUACAUUUCCGAGACGGAACGAUGACUCUCGGCGGCUGCUUAUAUGGGACUCGUGUAGCGUACACCUCACGCCCGCUGUCAAAGAGGAAUUGUAUUCUCGGAACGUGGACAUUGCAGUGAUUCCGGGAGGAUUGACAUCACUUCUUCAACCGCUAGAUGUGGGCGUAAAUAAGCCACUCAAAGACUAUAUGCACGCCGAGUGGGAUGAGUGGAUGAAGACCGGCGAAGCACUGUUCACACCGGCUGGUAAAAGAAAGGCCCCUGCUAAGAAGACGGUACUUGAGUGGGUCGUCUCGUCGUGGAACAAAGUUCCGCCCCAAACUGUCAUCAAUUCAUUCAAGAAGACUGGCAUAUCUAAUGCACUUGAUGGCAGUGAGGACAACUUGGUGUACGAAGAUCUCGAGGCAGACGACGAGGCAAUCGGAGAAGAGAUCGCCGAGAUAUUUUAUAGCGACAAUGAAGACGAUGACGAGUUCUUUGGAUUUUAG